AUGCCCUCCAGCAAUCCUUUGCCACCCAAAGAAAAUGCCUUGUUUAAACGAAUUCUGAGAUGUUACGAACACAAACAAUAUAAAAAUGGGAUAAAAUUUGCAAAGCAAAUUUUAUCAAACCCGAAAUUUAGCGAACAUGGCGAGACCUUGGCAAUGAAAGGUCUGACUCUAAACUGCUUAGGUCGCAAGGAAGAAGCAUAUGAUCAUGUACGGCGUGGUCUCAGGAAUGAUUUGCAGUCUCAUGUUUGUUGGCACGUUUAUGGACUUUUACAACGCUCGGAUAAGAAAUAUGAUGAAGCUAUCAAGUGUUAUAGAAAUGCCCUUAAAUGGGACAAAGAUAACAUUCAAAUUCUUAGGGACUUAUCGUUGCUUCAAAUACAAAUGAGAGAUCUGGAUGGCUACAAAGACACAAGAUAUCAGUUGUUUAUGUUACGUCCUACACAACGUGCUUCAUGGAUUGGUUUUGCUAUCUCAUAUCAUUUAUUAAAAGACUAUGAAAUGGCGCUUAAAAUUUUAGAUACAUUUAGGAAUUCUCCAAUGAUCUGUUAUGAUUAUGAACACAGUGAAUUGUUGUUGUAUGAAAACAUGGUUAUCCAAGAAUCAGGAGAAUGUGAACAAGCAUUGAAACAUCUCGAUAAAUAUAGUGAUCAAAUUUGUGAUAAAGUUACUGUGAAAGAAACAUAUGGUAAAUUAAGAUUACAGUUAAAACAAUAUGCAGCAGCAGCACAAGUUUAUAAGGAGCUUUUAAAUAUAAAUCCUGAAAAUACAACAUACUAUGCUAGGCUAGCAGAGGCUGAGAGACAUACUAAACCCGAUGAAACAUUAGCUACGCUCCAAAGAUACGAAGAACUGUUUCCUAGAGCGCUAGCGCCACGACGCUUACAACUAAAUUAUGCUGUAGGAGAUGAAUUUAAAGCAUUAGUUGAUCGGUACUUACGAAGAGGUCUUCAUAAAGGUGUACCACCUUUGUUUGUAAACCUUCGUUCCCUCUAUAGCGAUCAACAGAAAGUUGAUAUUAUACAGUCUUUAGUUUUGGAAUACAAGGAAGCGUUGAAGGUUCACGGACAUUUUAGCGAUCAAGAAAGAGAUAAUCCACGCGAGCCAGCUUCGGCAUUAUUGUGGACUUACUAUUAUUUAGCACAACAUUACGAUCAUCUUGGACUUACAGAAAAAGCACUGAAUGAAAUCGAUGCUGCCAUAGAACAUACUCCUACACUUAUAGAACUUUUCGUUACCAAAGGACGCAUUUAUAAGCAUGCCGGCGAUGUCCAAGAGGCUUAUAAAUGGUUGGACGAAGCACAAGGAUUAGACACUGCAGAUCGAUAUAUUAAUUCGAAAUGUGCCAAGUACAUGUUGCGCGCAAACCUUAUUAAAGAAGCUGAAGAGACUUGUGGAAAGUUCACUAGAGAAGGAGUUUUAGCCAUGGAAAACCUAAACGAAAUGCAGUGUAUGUGGAUUCAGACAGAAGCAGCUAAUGCUUAUAAACGUCUUGGAAAAUAUGGGGAGGCAUUGAAGAAGUGUCAUGAAGUUGAUAGGCACUUUUCCGAAAUCAUAGAAGAUCAGUUCGACUUUCAUACGUAUUGUAUGAGAAAGAUGACCUUGCGAUCUUACGUGGGUCUCUUAAGGUUAGAAGAUGUGCUACGAUCUCAUCCGUUCUACUUUAAGGCAGCGCAAUGUGCAAUCGAAGUGUAUUUACGGCUGUUCGACGAUCCUCUACCCGAUCCAACGCAAUCCCAAGAAAUCGACACUGAGAAUUUAGCGCCGUCAGAAUUGAAGAAAUUACGGAACAAGCAGAGAAAGCAACGCAGAAAGGCUGAGUUGAAGCGACAACAAGCUGCUCAAGCACAAGAGAAAAGGGAGCAGCACAAUAAGUCGCGACAACAGGCUGAUCCCGAUUUAGAACAACCCACGUUAGACGAACUUAUACCGGAGAAACUGGAGAGGGUCGAGGAUCCAUUGGAGCAGGCAAUCAAAUUCUUAAAACCUCUGCAAGAACUGGCAUCGGACAGAAUAGAGACACAUCUUAUGGCGUUUGAAAUUUAUCAUCGUAAAUGUAAAACGUUGUUGAUGCUUAGGUCGAUUAAACGUGCACACAAUCUAGAUCCAAAUCAUCCUGAUCUUCACACGUGUAUAGUAAAUUUUAUAUUACACAUAAGCCAUUUAGGAUUAGAAAAACCAGUGGGCGAGGUCGUAAAACGGCAAACAGCUGGGAUCUAUUCCACAUCAAGCACAAUGUACUUUACGCUCUUCCACUUCAACGCUGAAUUUCUGAAGAAGAAUCGAAACUCACUGCCGCACCUUCUACAGGCUGCAAAGAUCAUGGAUUUCUUGGAUAUGUCCCCUGUUCUCGAAGAGACAGCUCUCUCAGUGGUCACGAAUAUCGACAAUCUCGAAGGUGUGACGCUAGAGAAUUGUACAAAGGUGCUAGAAUCGAUGCGUAACGGUGACUUUGGGGAUUGCGACGCCGCGAUAGCCGAUUUCAUGGCAAAAUGCCAUAAACGUUUCCCGUACGCUACGGCUUUUCGGCCUCCGGAAACAAAGGCGACGACCAACCAUCAGGAGAAAGAGAAUUCUAUCAAAAACUGAUCGAGGCACGCACUGUCCAGCGUUACUGAUCUACUACGUAGUUAGACGAUGUAAUUACGUGGAGGAGCGUAGAGCAUUUACGAAGAUCUACGGUGAAAUUCGUCGAAUGGAAGCGUACGAUAUAACGACGGACAUAGUGAAGGGAAGCGAAAUUGGCGGAUUUAAUUAAUAAUUAUUACACAUGUAUUAUAUAUACACGAACCGUUCCUGGAAGGUUUCAAGUAGUGCGAAAGAAACAGUGCUGGAACAGUGCUGGAUAAACAAUCUUAAUAAAUUAUAAUACGAAGAGGCGCGAGAACAGUGCCUCCGAUGACAUGGUCCCGAAUUUUAGGUGAACGAAGAAAGGUUGGCUUAGCUAAUAUUAAUUAACAAUUGGAACAGAUAGAAUUAACUCCGCUGGUCGCUCUAACGACAAAGCGGCAACGCUAAAUGGAAAGAUCAACGGCAAAGUGUGAAAUGUUUUAGUGUAACGGGAUUUAAGGGAGGGCGGUUGAAAUAUGGAGGGAUAAUUACAACGGGCGGGGAAAGUACAGUGUGUAAAUUAUAUGACGUGCGAAACUAACACAUUGGUACAAAAUACAAGACUUGUAUACAUUCAUAUGCGCGUUCUAUGGAUAUUUCUACUUGAUGUUAAAGUGUACUAUUUUCAGCGAUAUCCGCAUAAAACACUCUACUGUGUAGAGUUUGAAAACUAAGACGAUCAUCGAGCACCCGAUAUAAUUGUACCGCGCAUGUUCGUCGCUACAUUUGAAUAGACUUUGUUCCAAGUCAUAUACUAUCUUCUAGUUCACUUCAUUCGCGAACCGUUUACACAAAGUGAACAUACGAUCAUAACGUUUUCCUUCUAGAUACACUAAUUUUAUUUCUGUGUUCGAGGCCAGGGUAAUGAUCUACGUUUGGAUUGGAGCCCUGAUAAUUCCAUCGAGAAUAGUCAAUAACGAAGUAGUGUCCAUUUGCGAAAGUCUUUGUGAGAGUUACUAAUAAGAACAAUAAAGUGCGUAUUGUAUACGCAAAUUACCAAAGUAUAAAUACGAUAAAUCGAAAACAAUAAGUGUUGAUAGAAACAAAAAAAAAAAAUA